AUGCUGGACCUCAAGGGCAAAGUCGCACUUAUCAUCGGGCUCGGCCAAACGGGAACAGAAGGAUGGGGCAUCGGAGCUGCAUGCGCAGUUCUCUUCUCUCGACAAGGCGCCCUGAUAUUCGGCGGGAACCGUACCCUUGCAUCCACGACGAAAACAACACAAACGAUACACGAAGAAGGUGGAGUCUGUGAUAUCGUCACUGCAGACGCGACGGAUUCUUCCUCUGUGAGAGCACUCGUAGCUGCUUGCCUAGAGAAACAUGGCCGCAUCGACAUCCUCCUGUGCAACGUCGGUGUUUCGGCACCCGGGAACCCUGCAACAAUGAACGAAGAAACCUGGGACGCACAAAUAAACAUCAAUUUGAAGAGCGUGUAUCUAGCAUGCCACCACGUCUUACCCGUUAUGGAAGCGCAACCUACCGGCGGCGCCAUCGUCUGCAUCUCCAGCAUCGCAGGCAUGCGGUACAUCGGUAAGCCACAGAUCGCUUACAACACUGCGAAAGCGGCGAUCUUGCAGUUUAUCAAGGCUACAGCGGUCAUGUAUGCCGAUAAGAAUGUUCGGCUGAAUACCGUGGUUCCGGGGUUGAUGGAUACGCCGUACACCAAGAGUCUGGCGGACCGGUAUGGGAGGGACUAUCAGGAAUUCAAGGAAGGAAGAGAUCGACAGGUGCCGAUGGGCAGGAUGGGAGAUGCAUGGGAUGUGGCAAACGCGGCGUUGUUCUUGGUCAGUGAUGAGAGCAGAUAUGUUACUGGGCAGAAGAUCGUUGUUGACGGAGGGAUUACGGCGACCACCGCGAGCGCGGCAGAUCCUCCCGUGCCACCAAUAAUCUCCAUAACAGCGCCAGAGGAUGACUUUUUCCAUCCUGAUGCACGAGAAUUUCUGCAACACUGGGAAAGCAAAUAUACCGACCGUGCAUGCACUGUUUCUCAGGCGGAAUUCUUUGCACCAGUGGAAUUGUUGGUCGAUGAAGACGCCUCGACUUCCAGCGAAGCUCGAUUCGAGGACGAUGACAUCCCCCUACAUCCAUCAGCACCUCAGAUCGUUGUCAGCGAACCAGAUGCGGUUUUCGAAUCGCGCAUCUCUUUGGACGAGAAAUCUACUCCUAACAAAGCGUCGCGUGCCGAUACGAGAACAACUUUCCUAGGCGAUAUAGAUGAUCCAGCGCAAGCUACACCAAAGUUGCGUCAGCGGAGACAUAGCACUAUUAGUCUUGUACCUGAUCGAAAAUCAUCCCACAACACUCAGCCGCCUGGGGAGGAUUCUCAGCCCCGUCCAACCCCUAGACCUUGGACGACAAAGGAGUACCAUCCUAAGAAUGGAUGGAGAAUAAAAGUGCGAUAUGCAGCUGGCAGUCCAACAGGAUCGAUCGUUGAUGUGGUCGUUGUCUAUUUGUACAACUCUGCUUUGAGCGACAAACUAGACCGGGAUGCGGAUAUUGCAAUGUUCAAUCAUUAUGAACAUCCUGAGCCUCCCGAUCGAGAGACGUCGCCCACUAGAAAGAUCCAGCGUGCAAGAACAGAGCUUGACAAGCAACCAAAAAGAGACGGUAUCGGGUUCACUACGCCUAAUCAUUGGGCCUCACCAGUCGAUCCGCAUAGGUCGCGACGUCAGCACGUAAACUUAUUGACAGAUACAAAGAUGCUGCGAGAGCAAGUGCCAGGUAUGCGGCUCACCACAGUGGGAUUUGACAUCAAGCCGAACCUAGCAAACAGCCUUAACCCUGAGGCUGCAGCACAGCAAUUGUACGACCAUCUUCAACAACAUCGUAGAGAGCACAAAAGGGCCCCUAUGAUCUUCAUAGGACAUACCCUAGGGGGACUGUUCGUCGUUAAGGCCUUGGCAAAAUACCAAGAUGUUUCACCAAUCGCCAGCGAUAUAUUGACAGAUACAGCCGGUGUCUUCCUUUUCUCAUGUCGCACGACCUUUCCAGAUUCUCAGAUACAGGUACUCGCUAAUCUUUAUGGGGCAAGGUCUACUGACAAGCUUUUUACUGAGCUUUCUAAGAGCUCCAUUGCGCAAGAUAUUGGUAAAGCUGUGAAUGGUGGGCUGUGUUCCAAGUAUCCCCGCACUGAGUCUUCAAAUGCGACACAGCGUGAGCAUAAGCGAUCUCAGUGUGUCUCGAUCGGGUUCCCCGUUUUCCAGGUACUUGCUCGAGGCGAGGUCGAAGAUGCGCUUGGUAACGUCCUCGGUGUGCCCCUGCGGACAAUAGCCAUUGGCAAAGAACCAUCAAACUGUUUCAGGUUCUCCGGACCUCAGGAUCCUGAUUUUGUACACUUGAUGACGUUGAUACACUCUGCCUUGCAAACCCAUAAGCUUCUUCAUGCAGCAGCUUUGGGUCGGGCCGACGAUAUCCACUCCAUGAUUCGAAGAGGAGCGAACGUUAAUUUGCGGGAUAGAUGGAGUCAAACAGCGUUGCAGGUCGCCGUCCGUCUGAAUCACGAGAAGGUUGUGAUCAGACUUUUAGGCGGAAAAAAUGUCGACCCGAACCCGCGAGACAAGUUAUCGAAUACUCCACUCCAUUAUGCGGUUCGGACUGGUAAUGAGACGAUCGUAAGGGCACUCAUCCACAACGGCGCAGACAUCUCAAUCGAAAAUCAACGCAAGAGAACUCCUAGGGACCUAGCAGAAAAACAGAAAUCGCGUAAACACAUUUCCAAACUGUUGAAAAGCAAAUUGAUGAGUGGACCAGAUCAAAGCCCUUCAAGCAAGCUGAUCGGGUCAGGGAAGUCUCCUACGUCACAAGACGCUAUAAUGGCUUGCAAAAACUCUCAAAUUACGGUCACGGAGAUAUAUUCCACCAGGAAUAGCGACAGACAUUGGAGUGUCAGCGUCUCGGUGGACUCGUUACUCUAUGGAACAAGCACUCUUGAGGACAUACUUGACCAAGUGAGGCCACAAGCUGUCAAGGCAGAGUCGCCAGUUUGUGUGUGGAUCCAUGUUCCCGAAAACAACAUGGUCUGGUUGGAAGACUUGUUUGCUAAGCUUCGUCUCCACCCAGCGAUUUGGCAAGACACAAAACGCUCAGUCACGGAAUCGCUACGAAACCGCGCAAUCACUCCUCAUGUAAACUUUGGCGAUACCAGAUCGCUAUUCUUGCCUUAUCUGAGUUACGAGGCCAAUCUUCGGCAGGCUAGGCGAACUUCACACAUCCAAGAAGUGGAUGCGAAAUAUCAAGAGAGAAGAAACGCGGAGCUUCCUUUUGCGACUAGUACGCUAUCUGCACUCACGGAGGGUAGCAGUCGAGCGAGCACUGUUGAAAGAAGAUCCCAGUUGCAAGUCCCGAAAGGGAAAGAUCUGGAGAGCUAUCCUUACCUUGAAGAAGAUUCGGACUCCGACUUCUCGGACAUUUUCGAAGCUGAUGAUCCCGAUGAGUUGGAAGAGGAAGAAAAAGCACUGAUCAACGCUUAUCUAUACAAUCCACCAGCUUUGCAUGUUCGCCGCACCCUAGAUCAAUACUACUACCACAUGCUUGAAAGUACGCACGAGCGGGAUAUAGAUCAAGUUGUGUCUCGGUGGGCCCAGAAAGUAAAGUCCGAACCAAAGCACAACAUCCUAAUGGUCGAUCAGCUGUGGUUAUGGAUUGGGCACAACCGCGAGGCCGCUGCACCUGGCGAGCACGAGAUGGAAUUACUAAGGCGACGGAACCGCAGCAGCGACAGGGUCAGGGUAACUUCACCCGAACGAAACAGGUUUCAAUACGUGGUGUCUUGUUUCCCGAAUCGCACCGGGAGCGGUCAGCUUUCCCACCGCACUCUCGACGACCUCAGGCUACGGGUACUGGAUCCGAACAGUCGGAAGCGAGAUCCCAUUCGCAAGCCUGAAGAUCUCGUUUCAAGGAUUAUGGAAACCUGCUGCAAUAUAUUCGACAGGAUGCAAGAUGUGGAGUGGCUUCGCUUCUAUCAAAUGUUUGAGGACUCCGUCGGUACCAUUGACGACAAAGAAAGCAAAUUGUUCCGUGUAUUUCAGCAAGGGUCUAAUCAACUUCUUCAGCUCGACAACGGAAACAAGUACUACAACGAGAAAAAGAAUAAGCUACUAACAGAUCUGCUUGAUAUCGGGACAGAAAUUGAAUUGCUCGUAGAGGUCAAGGACAUUCGCGACGAAGUCAACAUCAUUCUCACAGUCUUGGACAUACAACGAAAACUCGUCGACCACAUGAUCCAGCCAGUGGGAGAGGAGAAAGCCUUGUUAGGUACACCAGUCGUCAGCAAUAUGAUCCAGGCCGACAUCAACGACUUCACGAAACUGGACAGCCAGGCCAGGACUAUUCAGGGAAAGCUGAAUACACUAAUGGAUCUCAAGCAAAAGGCCGCGAAUGCAUGGGAAGCAAAGGAGGCCCGCGAGACUGCCGUCGCCGCUGGAAAGCAAGGCAACACAGUACUUGUUUUUACCGUCGUUACAAUUGUAUUUCUCCCUCUUUCGUUCAUGUCGUCCUUCUUUGCGAUCGGCAUCGCCGCAUUUCCUCACAAUGAGGAAAGCGGAGAAGUCAACUGGCCUUUGGAAACCAUAAUAGGCCUUCUGUUCGGCGUCUCGUUAUGCGUGUCUAUACCCUUGAUCAUAUUUGCCCUCAACAUGGACUACUUCGCCUCCGUCUACAAGGAGUUACGGAACAAUUAUCUCCCUGUCAUAGGCACCAAUUUGAUACCUAUGCUUCCACCACUUGGACCAAGCAGCGAUCCCACUGCUUAUCGCAGACGAUGGACAGGACUACUACAGGAGCAACGAGAGAACUACAUGAAGAACGAGGACUUGGCAGUGGCAGGACUCAGAGUUGAAGAUGGAGACUCUGCCCUUGUGAAGCCAGCUGUCAGCUUUCCUUCAACAGCGUCGUCACACACGUUCAUAGAGAAAGACGAGAGCGAUUUUCCGUCCCACACGAGGACAAAGCAUCGCGGAUUCCGCUCACGGCGAAGAGCGCCAGACGACGAAAGUCUUGUCGGUAGCCAGUAG